CAACAGGACAGACGCAAAUCCAAGCUGGAGUCUGCUGCUGGUCGGAGCGCCUGCAAGGCUUUGGAUGCCACUUCGUCGUGGAAGGUAAUCAGCUCGAGCCGCAACCAUCAACAGCCAUUUGCUAGUGACUAUGAGCCUCAGUUUGGUCGAACCAAAGUCGACAGAAGACGUGUUGUGGAGGGCACAGCAACACGUCCGUCAAUCACCGGGCGGCGGUUGCCUACGCCGGCAAAGAGCCUGUCGUCAAUGUUUCAUGACCUACCGGUACUCUUCCGCCUUUCGUCACCUCUUGCUUCAUGUACUCUCUCGCCUGGCAUAGUCCAAUCAAUCACCAUCGUGACAGCCGCUCGUCUUUCUAGGCCCAUUCACCGUCCCUUAGCACAAGCCGAUGCCAAUGAUGAUGAUACUUUUUCCAAAUCAUUUAUGCACACCUUGCUCGGUUACAAACUCCGUACGACAAUCUCGUUGGUUCGUUUUAUCCAUCAUAAAGUUGUGCGCGGUUUCAGACACUUGCUCAUCUGCAUUAUUGCCAUUUCUCUCCCUCUCCUCCUCCUAAUACUACUGCCACUACUUUUUCUUCUUCUUGUCCUACCGCUACCGAUGCAACUACUAAUAUCUCUACCUGCUCCUCCUCCUACUAGUACUAUUACUACCCCCCCUAAUCCUGCUGCAUCUUCUUCACUAUAG